UUCACCGUGGACAGGCCGUGUUUUGCCGAUGCGUUUGCUGUCAAACACUUUGAAUGUUGCGGCGAUUGCUCGAAGGAGCCGCUUCUGUGAAUACUUUAACACAGUUACGCAGACUUUGCGCGACUAUUUGAGCGCGUUACAUCCGAUGCACGGCGACCGCACUGUCAAGUUCGCACAGGCGUUCACGAUUGGGCUCGUGGUCAGUUAACAUAACUUUCGGUACGGACGGUCUUCACGAGCUGCAGCGAUAUGGGAAAUGCCGAAACCCACGAGGGAGCACCUCCACCAGAUUUGCUCAACAGACAUCUCGACCUUAGCGUCAAAGUCGACGACCGCUCCUUCCACAAGCACAUCAGUGGUGACCACAGCGAGAAGAGCCUCACAGACCUUCCCUGGAGCCUCAGAGAUGCCGUAUCAUUGUACGAAUCGCUCAAUGUGUCUUUCAAUGAACUGGCAACGUUGCCUCCCGAGAUACCAUUCAGACUGCCGCAUCUACGCAUCUUGGAUCUGAGCUACAACCGGCUCAAGUCCCUGCCGGACAGCGUCGGCUUUCUCUUCCACCUCGAAGAGCUGCUAGUUCCUUUCAACCAGCUUGAGUCCAUACCGGAUUCGAUAAUCUACUUAAAGGUGCUUCAAAAGCUUGACCUCUCGCACAACUGCAUCAAGCAACUCCCCGACAACCUGGGGAAAGUAACGACCCUGGCCAAACUGAACGUGAGUCACAACAAGCUCACGUCCCUGCCAAAGUCGCUGGGAAAGCUGCCCAACCUGAAGACAAUUCUCGCUGCCGGGAAUGCCGACAUCACGAGCCCGCCCCUAGCGGUCUGCGAGAAGGGGUCGGAUGCCGUUCUUCAGCACCUGAGGAAGUCGGUCCACAUACAGGAGAAGCCGACGCUGCGAGCCGUCGAAUGCAACCAGUUCCCGAGGGUGCGUGGAAACCUGGUGGCGACUUCGGUGCCAAACCUCCACUCGGCGCAUGCGCAGUACUUGCAGAUACAGACAGACACGGUGAACACGGCAAGCCGCAUCAAGACUCCUCUGCUACCACCUAUUGGGGCUACCAAGUUGGAGCCCAAUAUACUUACGGACAGGAUAACAGGUCUGCUGUAUGGAGCUGCCAUCGGCGACGCGAUCGGAGUUGCAACCGAGUUCAUGACUGUGGAUGAGUGCGCCUUCUACUAUGACCCCCAGUGCCUCGAGUAUACAUCUAUAAGGAGAGACGAGCAUCGAGUGCGGUGGAAGCAAGGAGACUGGACAUGUAAUGCCGACCAAAUGUUUUUAGUGCUUGAUUCAUUGCUGCGAUGGGCUGGCGUUGUCGACGAGCUUGACUUUGCAAAGCGACUGGUGUCCUGGAAACGAUCUGGCGUACCUGAGCUUGGAGAUGCUGAAGGUUUCCUCCUGUCUGAUCUUACCAAACUGGUGCUUCAAGAGGAAGGCUACAUGAAUGCCCCACACCAAGUGGCAUUGCAGGUUUUUCAACGAAGCCAGCCUGCCUGCAACAACGGCCUUGGCAAGCCACACGAAGCUGGCACACCAGUCCUGGUUGACAAUGGAUCCCUGACGAGGGCUAUUGCACUAGGCAUACCAGUGUUCCACAACUUGUCAGAGGUUGCGUCGAAUUCCGUGCGGAUAUGCCUGGCCACCCACCCGGAGGAACAGUGCAAGGCGGCAUCCGUGGCCAUUUCAACAACUCUCGCAACCAUUUUGCAGGGCAAGCACAACCUGUACAGCUGCGUGGAUGUGGAUAGGCUACUCGACACGGUGUUCCAGCUCUCAGUGAAACAGUUGACGAGUGAGAGCAGCAUUGCAAGCUUCAAGAAAUGCUUCGAAGCAAGCUGCUUUGAGGAAUUGCAGCUGAAUGAUCAGCAGUCGAGCAGUCACCCAUUCAAGGCCUUAUCUGCAAGCAUCAUGGCUCUGAAGCAGUGCACUGACUACAGGUCUACGAUCAGCCAUUUGGCCAUGCAAGGGGGACACAGCAGCGUCAACUGCUGCCUGGCGGGUGCCUUCCUCGGCUGCCGGGAUGGAUUUUCGGCCCUGCCCGAGUCCUGGGUGCAGGGACUGCUGCCAAAACAGCGCGCAUGGCUCAACGAGCGCGUCAACAGCCUGCUCGACAAAAUGGGUCUUCCCUAAAUGCUGCUUCCCACCCCCCUCACCCUCACAGACCAGAGAACUGCCUUCGCAAAGAAUCGGGAUCCUUCACGAGAGGAGUGCUAGUUGGUGGAACUGGUGGCAUGUGGUGCUGGUACAGCCUCGGACAGACUUAUCUGGACCACAGAUGCACUGGACCUGGAAAUACAUCCACACUGUCUAGUGCAGGCUACUGGUGCAAGACUUAAAUGAGCUUAAAUUUUGGUAGUACUAUACGAGCGAAGUGGUUUUCGCAUGUGCAGCUCAUGUAAAAAUUUCAGCAUGACGUUGUUUACGGCACGAUAGUGUAUAUGCAUGAUCAUAGAAUCGCAGAAUUUGACAGGAACGUCUUCUUCCAGGAAUAUGCUGUACAUAUUCUUUUUCUCUUCAACAAAUUGUUACUAACCUUGUAUGAUUAUUUCAUUAUACUGAACACUGCAGUGCUAUUCUGGAUGCAAUGAAAUUCCGCCAUAUUGCCUAUUUUGUAAUAUUGUGCGCUUAGAUUGGCUAAGCCCCGUCUGUUUGUUUCAUGAACUAAGAUGGCGGAAUUUCGAAACUUGGCAAAAUUUGAUGUCGUACAGACAAACACGCCUGGUUUGACCCGUCUUUCCAAGUGCUUUCUUACGAUCAUCUAUUGUAGUAAUGUGCCUUCAUAUCUCACUAACCUACUGCCAAUGUACAAUUCUUCAUGAACCCUUACUUAGGUUUGUUAAUGUGUAUUAUGCGACAGUGCGUUUGGAUGAAACGGGGCUAACUUGGUGUUGAUUUAAUUGCACUGUCACACCCUAUGUGGAAUUCGAGCAGGUGUAGUCAUUGACAAGGUCACGGUGAACACAACAAAUGGCUUGGCAAAGUGGCGAACGAAAUUGAUGAGCCACAAAUUGUAGGGUUCUCAUUAAAUUUCUUUCUUGCAAUCUCCUUAUCUACAGGCACAGCUUGAACGUUAGUUGCUCCUACAACUUGAAGACAUUUAGCUCCUCCAUGUUUCUCGUGGUAUGUUUAAUAUUUCCUAUAUCUGCAUGCAGAUGAAAUGUGCAGAGAGGCCACAUUUUUGUAUGUUGAGCUAACACAGAAAUCAGGUUAUGAAGGCUUACUGACCAACAAACACCUUAUGAAGUCCAUAAUAUUCAAAAAAUGUUUAUUACGAGUUAGCGAUGCUUUGAUUGUUCCUAUAUAUACGUGCAUGUAACAUUGUCUGCCUCUCAGUUCAAACUAGGAUUUCUUUCCCCAUAUUUUUGUAGCUAAUGCUGAUGCAUGUAUUAAAGCUCUUAAAGUUUUAAAUGUGGCCAUUAUCUGCAAGUCUGAAAACCAGGGCCUCUACUUUUCCAUCUACACUAACAGAAGAUUUGUACGAGCUAGAAUUGUGUGACGCGUUUGUCAUCACUACCGCAGAUGAUAGUGCAAUCUCCCUUCUUCUCAUGUUAUGUGGAAGUCUUAUCUGUGAUAUCGUACGUACUUGGCAUGGCAGCUUAUAGAGCAAAGAUUGUAGUGUUGGUUAUUUUAUACAUUUAUGUACAUUUGAACAAAUGAAAAAGAAGAGAGAAUGCAUGAUGCAGCAAUUGUAAGUACCAGGGCUUUUUCCAGCUUGGUAUCCCGUUUUUGAAAGAAUUCAGCAAUGCUUCAAAAAACACUGCCAGCUUUCAAGUUCCGUCAAGGAGUUUCACAAAAAAGUGCGAACCAGUUACGGUGCCAGCUGUUUCAAUUUUUCGGCGCUCAGACACAUUUUACUUGCACGAGUAGUAAGGAGAUGACGUGACACAAGGUGUGGCCUCGGGGAUCGGCGCGGAAAACUUUUGUCCCGCUCAUCACUACGAAACUGACAACACCGAGUGGUCUUAUGUGGCUUUGCUGCUCAAUACCAAAGGCCAUGUUAUACAUUACCCUUCUUUGUUGCUUGCUGUGUUGUGAUGUGCGAUAAUCGGCGAGCCAACUUGUCUUGCCAGUUAUCACACAUCAUAACACAACAGCGUUACCUUCAAUGCAUAAUUGGCGAGUGAGCUAGGCUUGCUAAUUAUGCAUUGAAGGUAAUGAAAUCAGGUUAUGUGAGACUUCUUGAGCCUUUCGUGAGCACUCAAGAAAUUUUGGACACGAAUUACGAUGCAAGAAAGUGCCAGUUUGCUUAAAAAGAGCUCUUCAUUUGUGGUGUCUUUUACUGACAUUGUAUAUAUGCUCCCUUCGGUCAUUGAACUAUUGGGCCUAUCCAGCUUUUGUGUGAAUGGCAGAUCAGUGACACACUAGCUGUAAGAAUGAAACAACAGCAUUUACUUCCAGUCUGCAAACAGCUGCUACUAUCACUUUGCAACCUAAAUGGGCCUGACGGCAAUGACUAUUAAUGUUUGCUAGGGUGCUAGCAAUACCAUUGUGAAACUAGCUAUAUUGGACAUCAAUUCAAAAGAACAAUAAAAACAACUUGAACAAGAAGAAGGUUACCGCAUUCAGAAAGUCUCAAAGUAAAAUGCCUUGCUUCUAAAUUUACCUCCCUAGGGACCAAUCCCCCUUUUCAAGCUGCUGACUGAAACGACCAAUUGAUAACUUCAUGUGUUGUGUGCUGUUUAUGUUAAAUGCAGGCAGCUGGCAGUUUUUUUGUUUUACUAACCUUUACUCCUUUGGAAUAAUAUUUGAGCACGACUGGUUCCUUUGGAAUAAUAUUUGAGCACGACUGGUUUUUCUUUCUUUGUGCAACUUGUCCGUUCCCAACAAAGAAAUGUACUACAAGACAUUGUACCGAAUUGUGUGCCGUGUUUUAAUGUCACGAUGAUUGGAUGAUUAAAACUGGUUCACUGGUGUUUUGAAA